AUGGACGAAAAUAGUACUACCCUGCAGCAGCAGCAGCAGCCGCAACAACAACAACAACAGCAACCAACUCGUAUGACUACCCGAGGUGUUGCAAAUCGUAUGCAAUACGCUGAAUCUCCUGCCUCAUCCGGAGCCGCUAUGGAUAGCUCAGUGGUUUCUUUGCAAGCAUCCAAAAUCUUACUUAACGUGAAGUGUGCUGGAGUUAAGUUUGAGUUUUGCAGCGAUGAACACGAUGAACAGCAAUCCGAAUAUCACAUGGACACGUCCGGCGAUUCGUUGUUUCGCACUCCAUCGAUGACAAUGCGUGCCCGCAAGCGAAGACCCACUCUGGAGGAUGCAACAAAUAUUGGCACUCCAGAUAGUAAUGCCAGUGGCUCACCGGUUGGUUUUCAACAGAGUAUUCAAGAAUCGUCAUUUUGGAAUGCAUUAAAGGCAAAACGUGGCCGUCCGAGAGCAGCAACUGGAGGAAAUUGGCGUGGUGGAGGUCGAGGAGGUGGCAGUGCUCGACGUGCCGGGCAGACGUCACAGGAGGCGGCGGACGAGAGUAGUCUCUUCAGUAUGGUCAAGGCUGGCAAGAAUCUGAACGUACAAUAUGAACGUCAUCAAGAUAAUGCUCUGGUACAACUACAGCAAUUCUUCAUUUCAUGUUGCGGUUGCAAGGGAAUCAUCUCAUCUGUUAUGAUUCAAACAAUGGAAUAUAGGUUCGUGUUGCUCGUGAACAAGUGCAAGGCGAGUUAUAUUUUCGAUCAACGACUCAUGGAUGGCGUUAUUCAAUUGUUGACCGGAUUAGCCGAUAGUCAAGUUCGUGCGUUCCGCCAUACAGCCACAUUUGCUGGUAAAUGA